AACCGGCGGAAAGGGAGUCGAACGUGACCCGUGCGUGGGAGCGCGCAUGAGCGUACGUGCGUGCGCGCGUGCGCGUGUGCUCCGGAGCGUCAUCGCCUAGGACGGUGGCGGCGUGUACUGCGCGAUCCCUGUUACAGGAAUGUGUUUCUGAUCAUCUGAAUCUUAAUCAUGUCCAACUGCCUGCAAAACUUCCUGAAAAUUACAAGCACUCAUCUUCUGUCUUCAAGAUUAUGCCAGCAGUUAACAAGAAGUAAAAGGAAGUUUUUCGUAACUGUGCCAAUAUCCAGAUUGCAUAGGCGAGUUGUCAUUACAGGCAUUGGCUUAGUGACUCCUCUUGGUGUUGGAACUCACCUGGUUUGGGAUCGUCUUAUGCGAGGAGAGAGUGGAAUUGUUUCACUGGUUGGUGAAGAGUAUAAGAGUCUCCCUUGCAGUGUUGCUGCUUAUGUGCCAAGAGGUUGUGAUGAAGGUCAGUUCAAUGAACAAAACUUUGUGUCCAAAUCAGAUAUCAAGUCCAUGUCUUCUCCCACCAUCAUGGCUAUGGGGGCUGCAGAAUUAGCCAUGAAGGAUUCCGGCUGGCAUCCUCAGUCAGAAGCUGAUCAAGCGGCUACUGGUGUUGCAAUUGGCAUGGGAAUGAUUCCUCUUGAAGUUGUUUCUGAAACUGCUUUGAAUUUUCAGACAAAAGGUUACAAUAAAGUUAGCCCAUUUUUUGUCCCUAAGAUUCUGGUCAACAUGGCAGCAGGCCAGGUUAGCAUUCGAUAUAAACUCAAGGGCCCCAAUCAUGCAGUGUCCACAGCCUGUACCACAGGAGCUCAUGCUGUGGGGGACUCUUUCAGAUUUGUAGCCCGUGGUGAUGCUGAUGUGAUGGUGGCUGGAGGUACAGAUUCUUGUAUUAGCCCUUUAUCUCUUGCUGGGUUUUCCAGAGCCCGGGCUCUGAGCACAAACUCAGAUCCCAAGUUGGCAUGUCGACCAUUUCAUCCAAAGAGAGAUGGUUUUGUAAUGGGAGAAGGCGCAGCUGUGCUGGUACUGGAAGAAUAUGAACAUGCUAUUCAAAGAAGAGCCCGGAUCUAUGCAGAAGUUUUGGGCUAUGGACUCUCAGGUGAUGCUGGUCACAUAACUGCCCCUGAUCCUGAAGGAGAAGGUGCCUUAAGGUGUAUGGCUGCUGCUUUAAAAGAUGCAGGUGUACAACCUGAAGAGAUAUCCUAUAUCAAUGCACAUGCUACUUCCACCCCAUUGGGAGAUGCUGCUGAAAACAAAGCUAUCAAACAUCUCUUCAAAGACCACGCAUAUGCCCUUGCAGUUUCCUCAACCAAGGGAGCAACAGGACAUCUGCUGGGAGCUGCAGGGGCGGUGGAGGCAGCUUUUACCACACUAGCUUGUUAUUAUCAAAAACUACCACCUACUCUCAACCUGGAUUGUACAGAACCAGAAUUUGAUCUCAACUAUGUUCCACUAAAGGCACAGGAUUUUUCAAGUGAGAAAAGAUUUAUUGGACUCAGCAAUUCCUUUGGUUUUGGUGGUACUAAUGCAACACUUUGUAUUGCUGGAAUGUAGAACAAAUCAUUUGUAAUUAAAUAUUGAUUUUUAAAUGUUA